CUUCAGUACGAGAGGAGUGUAUAUGCGCGCGGAGGUUGUAGUGCACAGAUCGGAGCGCGCACGGACCAAAGAAAUGCUAUUAUCACUGUUUGUAUCAGUGUGAAUCAGAGUGCGUGGUAAGUGAGCAAGAUCACUUCUUCACGUUGUCUUCGUUUGUGCGUAAAGGACUCGCGAUCGUUUGGGUUUAAGGCAACGUUUUGAUCCGGUGACGGAACGAUGUGGAGACGAAGCGCAAGUUCUUUAUAGAGACUAUAACAGCUCUCUGUUUUUGGACUACAAACGGAGCUGAUGUAUUGUCAGCAGAAGAGGAUAUAAUGUCGUUUGGUUCUUUAUUGAAGUCAUUGGAUAUCUCUAAAUGAGAACUGAAUGACGCCCGCCCCGACAGGUCUCUGAUCCGCCCCGAACCAGAUGAGCGAAUUGCCUUUUGGAUUUGCAGUCACUUCACGGAACCAGUAUCCUUACGUUGACAACGGUAGUUCACCCACCUGUUUAAAAUCCCGGACCGACUCGAUCGCCUCGCUGCCCUACGGUGAUCCCGCGCGUCAGGAAAAGAGGCUGCCUAUACGGAUUCUCAAAAUGUUGACCGCUCACACGAGUCACAUACUUCACCCGGAGUAUCUCCAGCCGCUGAGCUCCGCACCAGUGAGCAUCGAGCUGGAUGCUAAAAAGAGUCCCCUGGCAUUGCUGGCUCAGACCUGCUCUCAGAUCGGUAAACCAGACCCACCUCCCUCUAAACUGGGAUCCCUCUCCUCCAGCAGUCAUGGAGACAAGGACAGUCGUUCCACUAGCUCCAGCCUGAAGCCUGUGGAGCAUCAGAACCUAGAUGACAAGUCCAGCUUUAAGCCUUAUUCUAAAACUGGAUCAGAAUGCCGGAAGGAUGGCAACAGCUCAGCUGAUAAGACAGGGUUCAGAGUGCCAAAUAGCGGAUCUGCAGCUGUGACAUGCUCCUCUUUACCUGCGCGUGUCUCCUCUCCACGGGCCAGCUCUCCUUCUCAGCAGACAUUAGGACAGUCACACACGCAUCGCCAGACUCAGUCCCCCCUCUCACAGAAAACGACACAUCUACAAACAACCCACGUGGACUCCAAAGCUGCGGGUUCAGACCAAGGGAGUGACGGCGGUGCAGGCGAUCGCAAUGCGAAAAAAGAUUCAGACCACAAUAAAUCAAGCCUGGACAUUGCACAGAUAGCCAACUCCAGUCACGCACGGGCUAGUGCGAACUCCAGCAGUGCCAGUUCCUCUAGCAGUCCUCAACCUGACAAUAAGGCUGACACCCAACCCCCUCAGCCUAGCCUGGGCACGGGCCAUAUUGCCCCCGUGUCUCCCUUCAAACCGGGUCAUUCUGUUUUUCCCCUCCCGUCCUCCACCAUGGGCUACCAUGGCUCCAUUGUAGGGGCCUAUGCAGGCUAUCCUUCUCAGUAUGUGCCUGGGUUGGACCCUUCUAAAUCUAGUUUAGUUGGUGGCGGGAUGGGUGUGCCAGGGAAGCACCCCAGUUCCAGCCCUCUUACAGGGGCUUCGCCUCCCUCAUUUAUGCAGGGUUUGUGCAGGGACCCGUACUGCCUCACCUACCCCAAUGCACCCCAUCUUGGGGGCAGCAAUUGCUCUUCUUGUGUUCACGAUCCAUCAUCUGCCCUCAAGUCUGGCUUCCCUCUAAUGUAUCCUGCCCAUCACCUUCACUCCCUACACCCCAGCUCUCUGUCCUCUAGCACCACCUCAUCUCUUUCCCAUCCUCUCUAUACUUACGGUUUCAUGCUGCAAAAUGAACCUCACUUUCAUGCCUGUAACUGGGUCUCAGUGGGUGGCCCUUGUGACAAACGCUUUGCCACCUCAGAGGAACUUUUGGCCCAUUUGCGUACACACACAGCCCUGUCAGGUGUGGAUGGGAAGCUGCUCUCUGGUUAUCCUUCAUCUGUCUCAUCUGCUGCUUCCUGCCACCUCCACCUGCCGCCUCCUAGCAGCCCAGGAGCUCUUCCCAGUUCCCUCUCUCUGCGUGGAUCACCAGGGCUAGGUUUGGCACGGUACCACCCCUAUGGAAAGGCCCAUUUGCCAGGAGGUCCAUCCCUGCCUAUGCACUCUCUUCAGGCCACAGCGCCAUACUAUUCUCCCUAUGCUCUAUAUAGUCAAAGACUGGGCUCAGCUUCUGCUCUUGGUUACCAGUGAUUAAAAGAUUAUGGACAGUGUAAAGAUAUUGGCAUGAGCCCAAGGGGAGCUGGAAAGCACACAGAAUCCCAGAUUCCCCUAAAAACAAGCAAAACACAGGAUUGCUAUGAGGAAUGAAAUCUCAUCUGCUUUGGAUGACACUUUAAUAAAUGGUCACCCCAUUUCCAUUAGGAUACUAGGGAACCUUUAAGACCUUUAUGUGGAGUGCUAAUGAGAAAAUGCAGAUUCAUGAGAAUGCAGGAACUCAUUUUAUCUGAUCAAUUUUUUUCGAUUUACCAAAAGUCUGUAUUUAUUUUUCACUCGAGCGCUUGACUUUUUGUUUUUAAGGGAUAUUUACCGCCAAAAUGAAUAAUUAUCAUUUUCACAGGGAAGCAGUAUUUUCUCACUAUGAAUAUGGCUCCCAUCAUACACUUUGAAAUAUUACAACGUUUGCAAAGAUGGACUAUGACAUAUUGUCUCUCAGACAUAAAAUCUUUCUUUUAAUGUCGCUUUCUUUUGUGCGAUACAUCUGUGCAACUUGUUCUCUAUUGGAGAACGGACGAGCAUGACUUGGUCAACAGCAAAUUUGUUCCUUUAUGAUUUGGCGUUUAUUUUGUACUUGUACAGUUCAAAGAAUAAAAUGAAAAGAUGUGAUAUAUUUUCUAUUGUAGCUGAAUCUGCAAGUUGGGAAUUGGAUGUGGAGAGAGGAAAAGAAUUCAGAUAAAAGUAAUAUGUUGUGAUGGCAGUGCUAUCCAUUUAACAAAGUCUUAUUUUGUGUAAUAAAUGAAACUUGAUUACAUUUA